AUGGAAUACCCCCCUGUAUUGAAAACUCACAAAACUGAAGGCUCCAGAAGGAAAAAUAUUUGGCCAGUGAACUUCAGCUCCAAGGAAGACCGAAAGGAACCUCCAGGACCAAAACCAUUUCCCCUAAUCGGGAACCUGCUGCAGCUUGAUCUCAAGAGGCCCUACAACACAUUACUGAAGCUUUCCAAGACAUAUGGAUCAGUGUUCACUGUGUAUUUGGGACCCCAAAAAGUGGUGGUCCUGGCUGGGUACAAGACGGUGAAAGAGGUACUUGUCAACUAUGCUGAAGAGUUUGGUGAAAGAGAUCCAAUGUUAAUAAUGGAGGAAUCUUAUCAAGAACAUGGUAAGGAAAAAGCUUUUUAGAAAUAAUUUUCCUGU